AUGGUUGAGGUAAAAUUAAAAUGUAUAAAUGGAUUGCCUGAUAUAGCCGGUGUUAUCAUUAAAGAAGAGACUUCGGGAGAACAAUUAUAUGAUAUGUUGGUGACCAGUCUCCCGUCAACGAUUCAAGACACUGCAAGAAUUUAUUUUGGUAAAAACGAUAUUCGAGUGUAUGAAUCCUUGAAACAGAUAGAUUGUCACAAAUUAAUCAGGUUGAAUCUACGAAUACCGCUAAGGGGAGGGAAAGGAGGGUUUGUCCAGCAGUUGAAAGCACAAGGCAACAAGAUCGCUAAAGACAGAUCCAGCAACCAAGAAAUAAGAAAUAACUAUAGAACUUUGGAAGGUGGAAGAACGGUAAAAGAGGUGGAGAAGUCAAAAAGAUUGCUGGAAUAUUUUGCGAAACAACCAGAAACAAAGAAGAAAGAACUGGAAGAAAAGAGAUCAAAGUUGAAAGCUAUUAUUAAUACGGAUCCUUUGAAGAAUGUGAAAUUUCAAGAUUCCAAGUAUUUGGAAAAUAGCGAAGAGCUAUUGGAAGAAAUAAAAGGCUCGAUGGAAAUUGCAAUGAAUGAAAGUGAAGAAGAAGAGGUUGAUGUUGAUGUUGAGGUUGAAAAAAUUGAAACAAAAGAAGACUUCAGAAAGGAAGGAAACCUGCCCCCGACUAUAAUGUUUGCGGCUUUCUUUGAAGAGGAGGAAAGUGAUGAAGGUGAAAGUGAGGAUACUGAACAUGAAUCAAAAGAGGAAGAGCUUCUUGCUGUGAAAGAAGGGAAACAGAAACUCUGA